UUCAGAAAAAUCUCUUUUGUUUUGAUUUAAUCGUGUGCAAACAUCGUGAUUUUUGCACUAAAUGGAACCUUUGACACAGAAACCCUCUGGUGAGGAGGUUAUUUAGUUCUGUUCCGCUCAUUUUAAUAGUCCUGGAAACUUGUGGGCUAAUUAAUGUCGCUUGUUUUCACCUGUUGGUCCCGGGAGGUUGCCGUGUUUGUCGACAGAGCAACUUUCUCCGAGUGACGUGCCGGUCAGAGGAAACACAAACAGGAGGGGGCCAGAGAGACUGAAAACGCAGUCGCGUUUGGGACAUUUAGUCUCUUAACCCCACAAAAGAUGUAAGUGAAGUCUCAGCAGUGACACAGGCGGACAUUUGUUGUCGCUUUCAACAGGUUUUUUGAGGAACAUGAAACUCGGAGGAAGCAGCCGAGGUUUUUAACCUCUUUUUUUUCCCUCUCUCGGUGUUUGUGAUGGGUUCAGUAACCUCAGCUCUAACCAGGACAAGGAAUGCUCUGGUGAAAGUAGGUUCUGAGCCCGAAAGCAAUGACCCGGAGAGGAGCCGGUCGGCCCCGGAGUCGGACCGGCCCAAGAAGAGGAGCUCGCGGUUCCCMCACGUCUCGAACCAAAGCGGCCGGCAGAGUUCCCGCCAGUCGCUGUCCGAGGUGCUGAGCAGGCAGGACUCAGGCUCCAAACUGGGGUCGAGGAAAAACAAGCCUCCAGAAGUUCAACAGAAUGUGGCAAAUGAAGAUGGAGAGAGCUCCUCCAGACCCCCGGCCAGUUUUUCACGCUCAAAGUCCCAGAGUGCUUUGUGGAAUGCCAUCACGGCAGGGAUGGGGAUCAAAGGCAAAGAGCAGAAGGCACCCCUGAAUGACCCACGGAGUCCCGAGGAGAUUCUGGCCGAGGACCUUCCUGCCUCAGAUGAACCAGAUGCUACAGAGAAAACUGCUGUCAGAUUACGAUGUCUGGUGAAGCAGCUGGAGAGAGGCGAGGCUUCUCUUGGUGACCUUAAGAAAAACCUUGAGUAUGCAGCGUCUGUGCUCGAAUCUGUUUACAUCGAGGAGACCAGGCGACUGGUGGACACAGAGGAUGAGCUCAGUGACAUCCAGUCCGAGUCGGUGCCCUCAGAGGUGCGCGACUGGCUGGCCUCCACCUUCACCAGACAGAUGGGCUUGAUGCUGAGACGGAAUGAGGAAAAGCCUCGCUUCCGGAGCAUCGUCCACGCUGUUCAAGCUGGCAUAUUUGUUGAGAGGAUGUACCGACGUACCUCCAAUAUGGUGGGACUCAGUUACCCUGCGUCUGUCAUAUCUGUGCUGAAGAAUGUUGACAAGUGGUCGUUUGAUGUGUUCGCCCUGAAUGAAGCCAGCGGGGAUCACGCACUUAAAUUCAUAUUCUACGAGUUGCUCACAAGAUAUGAUCUCAUUAGCCGUUUCAAGAUCCCAAUCUCUGCAGUAGUGUCAUUUGUGGAAGCCCUUGAAGUUGGCUACAGCAAACACAAAAACCCAUACCACAACUUAAUCCACGCUGCUGACGUCACACAGACUGUACACUACCUGCUCCUCAAGACUGGCAUGGUGCACUGGUUGACUGAACUUGAGAUCUUUGCCAUGAUCUUUGCGGCUGCGGUGCACGACUACGAGCACACGGGGACCACAAACAACUUCCACAUCCAGACAAGGUCAGACACAGCCAUCCUGUACAAUGAUCGCUCGGUGUUGGAGAGUCAUCAUGUGAGCGCAGCCUACCGCCUGCUGCAAGAUGAUGAUGAAAUGAACAUCCUCUACAACCUCUCCAAGGAUGACUGGAGAGAACUCCGGGCUCUGGUGGUCGAGAUGGUGCUGGCCACAGAUAUGUCCUGCCACUUCCAGCAAGUUAAAACCAUGAAGAACUAUCUGCAGCAGCCUGAGGGCAUCGACAAGCCCAAAGCUCUGUCCCUCCUUCUGCACACCGCAGACAUCAGCCAUCCAGCCAAAGGUUGGGACCUCCACCACCGCUGGACCACCUCCUUACUCGAGGAGUUCUUCAGACAGGGGGACAAAGAAGCAGAUCUUGGGCUGCCAUUCUCCCCACUCUGCGACAGAAAGUCCACACUGGUCGCACAAUCCCAGAUUGGGUUUAUAGACUUCAUCGUGGUGCCCACCUUCACUGUGCUCACAGACAUGAUGGAGCGCAUCGUCACACCACUCAUUGACGAGGCCACCCACUCAGCUCUCUCCAGCUUUAGACGUUCAAGUUUGAACAGUAUUAGCUCAGAUGAAACCAAGAGGCACAGUGUCAAGAGCUCCGACAGCAGCUCAUCCGGCCAAAGCUCUCUCCUGUCGGUGGACAUGAAGACCUUCAAGGUUUUGUGGAACGAGGAAGUGUACCAGAACAGGGAGCGAUGGAAAACCCAGGCAGCUAAAGAGGCGGAGGAGAGAGCUAAAAAGGAAGCCGAAGAGCAAGCUCAGCAGGAGGAGGCUAUGGAGCCCCAGGAGGUUCAAACAGAAUCAGAAAACCCCGAACAGAAGGAGAACAAACUGGACAGGGAAGUGCCCAAGUCAGCAGAGGUCAGCAGACCACCAGAUGGUAACACAGAGGAACCAGAGCAGGCAGCGUCACCCGGGGGCGUGAUGCAGCACAACCCCCAACUGCAGAACGGGGAAUUGUCAGAAGGGGUUGACUCUCCAGACAGUGAAAAAAACAAGAACAAAGAAACUAGAGAGGAAGUGAUGGAAUAGCAGAGCUGAGGAUGAUGACAACCACACUGUUAACUGUGCUGCUGUCGACCUGAACCUGUGUAGGGAACCGAGAAUGAAGGCCAUUUUAUUGGACUGUGCUGCCCUCUACUGGCUACUGAAAACCCUGGCACCUUUGCUUUCACUUGUCCUCACUGUGUCUCUCCUUACACUCAUUUUAUUUUUACCAUGUUUGUCACCUGUUUCACAUGUAUGCAGAUUUAUGUGCAUUAUUCCUUCCCCUGCUGCAGAUUUAUCAAAUCUAGACAGAAGAUAAAAUGACCUUAAAACAACACCAGUGGGGAGAAAGGAGAAGCUUACAGCAGACUGCUGUUUUGUAUUGAAUUAGUUUGCCUUCUAUAUUUCUAUAUUUUACUUUUGAUCUAUUUUAACUUACCAUCUACAUGUAGCUGUUUUAAAAAUCCUGCAGCAUUUCAUAUUAUGAGUUUGAAUAAUAUUAAAUUAGAUUUUUUAUGGUAACUUUAUUUGCAAAAUGAUGAGUUGCAUAAAAUGAAGGAUAAAUGUACAUUUGGAGGGACUUUUGCAGCAGGUAUAUGUGUUUAUAAUGCAUAUUUACAAUACGUUUGGAUUAAAUUCAUAGAUCUUCAGAACUAUUUUGAAGCAGGUAAUGAAAAAAAAUAUCAUCUCAUGCUUCUGAUGUUUGAUGAAGUUGCAGCAAAAUCUUUUUUACAUUUGUGAUGUGUUUACGUUUGCAUUGCUUUCCUCAAACUUUGUGCACUUCAAAUGCAUUUGUUCCUUACAGCCAGGUGCAAAUAGUUUGCACUGUUUUUUUUUUUUGUCCUACCUAAUGUAUAUAAUGAAUGUUUGAAUGUGAAUGGAUCUGAGGUGGAGCACAAGUCCAUCCCUUUUCCAGAACAGAAAAAUAUUUUUGGGGUGUAAUAUAAGAUAAAAAUUUAGAAAAGUCCAAAAAUUAGAAAGCAGCUUUUUUUGCUAUUUAAACAUAUCACUCACACAAAUGCAUUGAAGUUUUUUGUAAAUAUACUUUUCUUGUUUUGCAUUUGUUACAUCCUGUAGUAUUUAUGCACUGCAUGUGUCUCACACUGUCACUCUAUAUGUCUUCUUCUUGAUGCCUUCGAACGUGUCUUUAAGCUGUAGCAGAAAAUUAACCUUGUUGCUUAAUUAGAGGAAUUUCUUUUAUUUGCUCUGCUGAUGAAUCCGGUCAAAGCAGCUUCAGCUUCUUGGUUGCUGGUGUAAUUUUGAAUCAACAUGUUUACAAUGUGCUCGUACACCUUCUAACCAGCUGAACUUUUUGUGCUUCUGUGACGCAUAUGAGGCCGUGAGUCCAAAGUGUACCCGCUUCUUGGUUAUUUGCCAGGUUUAUAAGGCUCGUAAUGUUGUGUAGAGAUAAUGUAAUUGAUGCUUUCUUUGCAUAUGUACCAUAUUUGCACCAAAUGCUGGUUCAGCUUUCUCUGUCUACUUAGUUAUGUACAAAUCAAAGGAAGGAAAAGAAGCAUUUUGGCAGUAUUUGCAUGUUGAUGGAUAUGAUUUUCCCUUAAACCUUAAACUUUUCUGUUUGUUUUUUAGUAUGAAAAUCCAAACUUUUAUUGUGCCAAGAUUAAGCUCUUGGUGAAUUCAAAAACUUAUUUUGAACUAUGUUCAGCUAAUUGCCACAUAUGGCGACAUUUAGAGUGUUAGGGAGCUUAAACUCAUAAAUUUAAUAUAAAAUUGUUGGAAAUUCUUUUGUAGCCACUUUGUUUUUGUAAUAUAAUUUUUUUUUUUUUUUUUUACUCCAACUGGAACAUGAUAGGUUACAGCAUUUUCUCAUGCACUGAAACCACACGCUACUUUCUACCUAAAUGAUGCAGUCAGUGGUUAGCAAGCCAGCUGGCUGAAUGUGUGCCUCUAUCUGUACUUUCCAUGUCCCACCUUCCACCUGUAAGAACUUUAGUGAUGUCGUUCAAACAUAACGCUCUAAGAGACUAUCAGCUUUUAAAGUCACGUUGCAGAAAAUAGUAUUUUCUGAAAGUAGAUUUGAUUGUAUUUUUAGCUUAUUUUCUUUUGAAGAAGUCUAUUUUCUAGCUGUUCUGUGCUGUUUGUUGCAUUUGUUUUGUUGUAAUAUUGCCCCCCCCCCCUUUUUAAUUUCAUCUCCCUGUGUGUCUGUUUUUCCUCCACCAGCUCUGCAAUCAGAAAGUGGUUCAAAACUGUACAUAGAACUUGCAAGGAACUUUAAAUAUUAGAGUUGAAACCAUAAUUGUAAUAGGCUGCCUGGCACUGGGUGAAGCAGAGUCUAUUUUCUGUACCGACAGACCAACACGUACGGUCUUGUAGUUCGCUACACUUGCUUCUGUGAUAGCCUGCUAUCAGAACAUUUACCAGGACUUUAUACUGACCACAAUAGAAAACAUAGCUGUAUUACCGACUUUUAAAUAUGGUGUAGCGUUGUGGUCUGUUUAACGUUUUGUUUCCUUGUUUAGUCUGAAUCUCUCUGUCAUGAAUGAUCUUAACUGUCCCUGUGACUGAGAAAAGAUGGGUGUCAAAUGUGUGAGUGUGUGUUUGUGUGUGUGUGUGUGUGUGUGUGUGAAAGAGUGUGUGUAAAAAAACAAUUUAAUGUGCAUUUCUGAUCUCCUCACUGUGACCUGCUCUGUUGGAAAAUGAGAUGUGUGUUUGUGCAUGAGGCUGGCUGAACAACUCCAAUUAGAUCCGUAUUUUUUGUUUACUUUAAACAUCCCAUCAAGCUGAUGUGUUUGCCUUUAAAAAACUGUAGCAGACAUGCAGUACACAAGUAAAAAAAAAAAGUAAAAACAUUUUAAUACCAAUGAAUGAAAGUAUCUUCCAGCUUGCCCAAUACAUCUCGGAGGAAACGGAAUGAUUGCUACUGAAUGUGUGUGUGUGUGUGUGUGUGUGUGUGUGUGUGUGUGUGUGUGUGUGUGUGUGUGUGUGUGNUGUGUGUGUGUGUGUGUGUGUGUGUGUGUGUGUGUGUGUGUGUGUGUGUGUGGGUGCGUGCGUGCGUGCGUGUGUGCGUCACUGUCCCAUGCUGGCCAGGAGGCCGUGUGUGCCACCAUGCUCUGUGACUGCACAGCCGUAUCAAUAAAUCUGAACUCAAAGGGCUCAGA